CACCACAGCCGUCACAGCCUCUCUGGGGCAUUCAGGCCAACCCCAGCCUUGCUGUAACAGUGGCGUGGAGCUCAUGGGCCCAGAGCCCGCAAAGCUCUUCCUGGCUUCACUCUGGCCCUGUUAGUUCUCCUCCAGCUCUACGACAGCAGGUGGGGUCUGGUGUCCUGGGGGUCACCGUUGUUUCUCUCACAACGAGCACAUUUUAUGUUUUGGCUGCCCAGUAUGUAGGAUCUUGGUUCCCUGACCAGGAAUGACCAUGUGACCCUGCAGUGGAAGCAUGGAGUCUCAACCACUGGACCGCCAGGAAGUCCCUGGCAUGCAGCUUUGAAGGGCUUGUUCAUAGAACGAGCCACAGCCCUGCCUGGUUAUGCUGGGGCAUGGGGCGCUCCUCUCAGAUUGGCCAACGCUCCUGUCAAGACCAGGUGGUUCUGUCACACCGGCAGCAGGAAGGUGGGAAAAGACCUGUGACGGGGGACACGGCUCUUAGGUCUGCCGCUGCCCUGGGGGUUGCUCCCCACUUUCCAGACCUUAGCAGUCUCUCCUGCACCCCCCCACCCCACCUCCAGCCUCCUGCUCAGCCUCUGACAGCCAGGUCUCCUGGGGGCCCUCGUCACGGUCCAGGCAGGGAGAGCGGGGCUGGGGCGAGGCCCAGAUGGCGCUGGCUGGAGAGAAUGGGUGUUCAGGUGUGUUGAGCCCCCAUCAUGAGGGCAUCAGUGGCUCCGUGUAGGUUUAAGGUGUCUCAUUUCCUGGACAGGUGGCUGGUCCGGGAGUGGGUGUGGGGCUUGGGUGGAGCAGAGGUGGCUGGGAGGAACAGGGGAGGAGCUUGGGGCUCGCUGGGACACCGCUGUCUCUGGGUGAUAAAGCGUGACGGUCCUCAGUCUUGCAGACACUGCCUUCACUCCUUCCUCCCGAGGACGCUGCCUCAUGGCUCUGGCAAAGGUGCCUGGGACCUGCUUACUCACCAUUCGUGUCCUGCAGGCUCGUGGCCUGCCCUCCAAGGACAUCGUGACUGCCUCUGACUGCUACGUGACCCUGUGGCUGCCCACGGCCUCCAGCCACCAGCUGCAGACGCGCACAGUCAAGAACUGCAGAAACCCCGUCUGGAAUCAAAGCUUCCACUUCCGAAUCCAUAGCCAGAUCAAGAACAUCGUGCAUCUUAGAGUCUUUGACCAGGACCUUCUGACCACGGAUGACCCUGUGUUGUCAGUGCUGUUUGACGUGGGGACCUUGCGGGCUGGGGAGUCCCGGCGUGAGAGCUUCUCACUGAGCCCUCAGGGUGAGGAGCGCCUGGAAGUUGAAUUUCGGCUGCAGAAUCUGACUGAUGGUGCUGAGUGCCUCUUCAGCAAUGGCAUCCUAGUGGCCCGGGAGCUCUCCUGCUUGCAUGUUCGACUGGAGAAGGCAGGGGACCUGCAGGAGUCAGAGAGCAGAGUUCAGCUUGUGGUUCCUGGGUCCUGUGAGGGUCCACAGGAGGCCUCCGUGGGCGCCGGCUCCUUCCGCUUCCAUUGGCCGGCCUGCUGGGAGCAGGAGCUGAGUAUUCACCUGCAGGAUGCCCCCCAGGAGCAGCUGAAGGUGCCCCUGAGGGCCCUGCCUUCUGGCCAAGUGGUGCGACUCAUCUUCCCUACAUCCCAGGAGCCCCUGAUGAAAGUGGAGCUGAAAAAUGAAGAAGGACCCAGGGAAUUGGCUGUGCGACUGGGCUGCGGGCCCUGCGCUGAGGAGCAGGCCUUCCUGAGCAGGAGGAAGCAGGUGGUGGCCAAGGCCCUGCGGCAGGCCCUGCAGCUGGAUGGAGACCUGCGGGAAGAUGAGAUCCCAGUGGUUGCUAUUAUGGCCACCGGUGGUGGUAUCCGGGCCAUGACCUCACUGUAUGGGCAGCUGGCUGGCCUAAAGGCGCUUGGCCUCUUGGAUUGUGUCUCCUACAUCACGGGGGCCUCGGGCUCCACCUGGGCUUUGGCCAACCUCUACGAGGAUCCAGAGUGGUCUCAGAAGGACCUGGCAGGGCCCAUCGAGUCACUGAAGACCCAGGUGACUAAGAGCAAGCUGGGCGUGUUAGCCCCCAGGCAGCUACUGCGGUACCAGCAGGAGCUGGCUGAGCGUGCCCGCCUGGGCCACCCGACCUGCUUCACCAACCUGUGGGCCCUCAUCAAUGAGGCGCUGCUACAUGAUGAGCCUCAUGACCACAAGCUCUCAGACCAGCGGGAGGCCCUGAGUCGAGGCCAGAACCCCCUGCCCAUCUACUGUGCUCUCAACACCAAGGAACAGAAUCUGACCACCUUUGAAUUUGGGGAGUGGUGUGAGUUCUCCCCCUACGAGGUCGGCUUUCCCAAGUACGGCGCCUUCAUCCCCCCCGAGCUCUUUGGCUCUGAGUUCUUCAUGGGGCGCCUGACAAAACAGCUUCCUGAGUCCCGCAUCUGUUUCCUGGAAGGUAUCUGGAGCAACCUGUAUGCAGCCAACCUCCAGGACAGCCUGUACUGGUCAUCCGAGCCCAGCCAGUUCUGGGACCGCUGGGCACAAGCUCGGGCCAGCCUGGACAAGGAGCAGGUCCCCCUUCUGAAGAUACAAGAGCCUCCCACGGUGGCUGGCAGGAUAGCAGAGGUUUUCACUGACCUUCUGACGCGGCGUCCACUUGCCCAGGCCACCCACAAUUUCCUACGUGGCUUCUCCUUCCACAAGGACUAUUUUCAGCAUCCUCACUUUUCUGCCUGGAAAGCUACCAAGCUGGAUGGCCUCCCCAACGAGCUGACACCUGCAGAGCCCUACCUUUGCUUGCUGGAUGUUGGCUACCUUGUCAAUACCAGCUGCCCACCCCUCCUGCCGCCCACACGGGACGUGGACCUCAUCCUGUCGCUAGAUUACAAUCUCCACGGAGCCUUCCAGCAGCUGCAGCUUCUGGGUCGGUUCUGCCAGGAGCAGGGCAUCCCUUUCCCGCCCAUCUCGCCCAGCCCCGAGGAGCAGCGCCAGCCCCAAGAGUGCCACCUCUUCUCGGACCCCGCCCGCCCCGACAUCCCUGCCGUGCUGCACUUCCCUCUGGUCAACGCCUCCUUCAGGGACCACUCUGCCCCUGGGGUCCGGCGGACAGCUGAGGAGCAGGCAGCUGGGGAGGUGAACUUAUCUGCAUCCGACUCCCCCUACCACUACUCGAAGGUAACCUACAGCCUGGAGGAUGUGGACAAGCUGCUCCGCCUGACGCAGUACAACAUUUGCAACAACCAGGAGCGGCUGCUGGAGGCCCUGCGUGAGGCCGUGCAGAGGCGGAGGCAGCGCACACAGCACCGCCCGAGUGAUGGGCGGGAAGGGGCCACAUCCGGCCCCACGGCCCCCGACUCUCUUUAAGGCUCACUUCUUGGCCGCCUUGCUGCUCUGGUUGAGUUGGGGUGGUUACCAGCUUCCAGAACCUCUAGCGGUUUGGACAGCCCAGUUGUGGUCUCCAGCCCUCCGAGGGGCUCACCAGGGUGCACUGCCUGGCACUAUCCAGACACUGAAUUCACCAGCACCCCUGCUGUGGACACCCUGGGAUAGGUGGAGGGUUUUAAACAGGGGCUAUGGCCUGGUCUGCAGGAUGUGGCCAGAGAAGAUUCAGAGGUUCUGGGCAGUGUGGGCCACAUUUGUGUAAGCACAUGGAGCCCCAUGACCUGUGUGUCCUUUUGCUUCCUUGCUACCUCGAGUAGCUGUACAGGGUGAAAUAGAGCACUUUACGUAUCACAGAGACGCAUA